UCCAAAGUAGGCGGGUCCUGGGAAAAGAAGCGGCGGUUGGGGCGGGCUAUCCCGGUUGGAACCUUUUCGAGCGAGAGGCGCCAGUGGCUGCUUGUCAGGAUGCAGAGUUCGGACCUGGGCAACAGGGAAGAGGGCAAGAUCUGGCACCGCAAGCCUUCCCCGGCAGCGCACCAGGGAGUCAUCGUAAAUAUUAUUCACAGUACUACAGGCUACCAUUCCAAGACAAUACGUUUUUUGAAUGUGGCCUUCGACAGUUCUGGAGAUUCACUCCUUUCUGGAGAUCAUCAAGGGAAUAUCUACGUUUUUGACUUGGUGGGCAACAGGUUCACCCUGGUUCAGCGAGUAAUGCAGGCAUGCACCGCCCUGGCUUUUAAUCUUCGCAGGAAAACAGAAUUCCUCGUGGCUUUGGCUGAUUACUCCAUUAAAUGCUUUGAUACAGAUACGAAAGAACUUGUUAGUUGGAUGAGAGGACACAAUUCUUCAGUAUCCUCGAUCUCGGUUCAUGGUUCUGGUCGAUACGCCGUCACGUCAUCUGCCGACACAGCCCAGCUUUGGGAUCUGGACACCUUUCAGCGGAAAAGAAAGCUGAACGUUCGCCAAUCUGUCGGUAUUCAGAAGGUUUUCUUUCUUCCGCUGAGCAACACCAUUCUCAGCUGCUUUAAAGAUAACUCAAUUUUUGCCUGGGAGUUUGAUACCCUUCACUGCAAGUAUCAGCUGCCAUCGCCAGUGGAAGGUUCUUCGUUGCGCUAUAAAGUUUUUGCUGUGACAAGAGACGGCCGUGUCCUUGCAGCAGGCGGCAAAUCAAAUCACCUUCACUUGUGGUGUUUGGAGUCUAAGCAGCUGCACCGAAUAAUCCAGAUGCCAAGCAAAGUGCGAGCCAUUCGCCACCUAGAAUUCCUUCCGGAUAGCUUUGAUGGCGGCUCUAAUCAGGUUCUUGGAGUGCUGAGUCAAGAUAACAUCAUGAGAUUUAUCAAUGUACGGACAUGUAAGCUUCUCUUUGAUGUCGGCAGCCACGAGGAGGGAAUCAGCACCGUCACUAUGAGCCCGAAUGGGAGAUACAUUGCAGCAGUAAUGGAGAAUGGCAGCCUUAACGUAUAUAGCAUCCAGGCUCUGACACAAGAAGUAAAUAAGCCUCCCCCACCUCUGUUUAAAGUGAUUGAAGAGCCAUUCAAAGACAAGGUGGACGCAAACAAGCUUACAGUGCGAGUGACAUCCAGAAUCUCGGAGAGGCCGUGGAAAUCAAAAGGGGGCAAAAUCCAAACCAAAGUGUUAAGACCACAGCCAGAUGUGUCCCAUGAGGACAAAGAGAAUGAGCUGCCUGAUGGACUGAACAAGAAGCGGCUGCAAGCCUUGCUGAAAGGAUUUGGGGAGUAUCCAGCAAAAUACAGGAUGUUUGUUUGGCGGUCCUUGCUUCAUCUUCCAGAGAAUCACUUGGCCUUUAGCAGCCUGUUAGAUAAAGGAACCCAUUCAGCCUUUGCGCGCCUUCAGAAUGAAUACCCUAUUAAAAGCAGAAAACUCCUGAGAGUCUUACAGAGGACAUUAUCUACUCUAGCGCACUGGUCCACCAUCUUUGGCGAGGUGCCUUACGUCCCUCUGCUGGCCUUCCCUUUUGUCAAACUCUUCCAGAACAAUCAGCUCGUUUGCUUUGAAGUGGUCGCUACUGUGAUUGUUAAUUGGUGUCAACACUGGUUCGAGUUUUUCCCGAAUCCUCCAAUCAACAUCCUCAGCAUGGUGGAAAACAUCUUGGCACAUUACGACAAAGAACUGCUUCAGCAUUUAAUACAUUACAAUAUAACAUCACAGGUUUAUGCCUGGCCUCUUCUGGAAACCAUGUUCUCCGAGGUUCUGACAAGGGAGGAAUGGCUGAAGAUGUUUGAUAACAUCUUCUCCAACCACCCAUCAUACUUUCUGAUGGUGGUUGCCGCUUACAUCAUAUCUUCCAGAGCUCCAUUGCUUCACUGUAAUCAGAAAGAUGACUUUGAGUAUUUUUUCCAUCAUCGGAACAACCUUGACAUCAGCGCUGUGAUUAAAGAGGCCUACCAUCUCAUGGAGUGUACCCCAGCAGACAUCCAUCCCCGCCGUAUGCUGGAUGACUUUGUGCCGCUGACCAAGGGGCAGUACCCAAUAUUUAACAAGUACCCCAAGUUCAUUGUGGAUUACCAGUCUCAAGAGCGAGAGCGAAUCAGACAAGAUGAAAUAGAGUACCUGCGAGAGAGACAGUUGGUUCAAGAGAUAGAGGCUAAGGCAAUCGAGCGCAGAGUGGAAGAUGAAACUUGGUAUCGGAAACAAGAGCUGCUUCACGAGGCUGAGGAGCAAAGGAGGAAGAUUCUGCUUAAGGAAGAGGAGAAACUAGCAGAGCAACGGCGGAGGCUAGCUGCUGUGAAGAGAGAGCUGAAAAUAAAGGAACUGCAGUUAUUGGAAGCUGCAAGGAGGCGUUUUCUGAAGUACCAGCAAGAUCAGCGGGAAAUGGAGCUCAAGAGGCUUGACGAUGAAAUUGCAAGAAAGGCAUCUAUGAGAGAUCAAGAAACGGCUGCUACAGUUCAAGAUGUAGAAGUCCGACAGAUGGAGCUCAAAACCCAAAGACAGCUUUUUGAACAGAAACUUCUCAAAGAGCAGGAAGCUGCGACUCAGGAAGUGAAAGGGUUGCUGGACACUAGCCGGCAAAAAGCUGACCUGGAAGAGCAACUACUUCAGAGGCUGAUUGAAAUUGAGCAGGAUGGGGAACGGAACGCUCAGCAACUGGUUGAAGAAUGUUUGGCCAAAGCCGAUCAAGAGCAUGUUGACACGGACUGGCGAGCUCAGGUUCUGCACAAGCAAAGAUGCAGUGACGUGGCUCGUGACAUGCGCUAUCAAGAGCUGGCAAAGCACCUCCGUAACAACAGAGCGGCAGAGGCAGAGCUGCUUGGCACAAUGAAAGAGGAGGAGGCCAGAAAAUGGGAGGAAGUCCUAGAAAAGCAAGAGCAGCUGGCAGCAGAGCAGGCUGUGACAGCUGCUUUGGAUGCCAACAGGAAGCGCUUUCUGGAACGGGAAAUGAACGAUGCAAUAGAAUUGGCUGUCAAGCUCCAGGAUGAAGAUGGCUAUUUUGAGAGACUACGUGAUUUGAGAGCCUCACAGACUCUGCAAGGUUUGGAAUUCCGCCAGUCUCCCAACAAGACUCAGUCGCGGCCUGGCAACGCCUGCUUAAAUGAUUCGUCGAGAGUGGAUUCACCAACACAUUUUUCUUUAGAUCGAGGACGGCAAGAUCUGGAAUCUAGAGAGCGAGAAUUGCUGGCGGAAGUGAGACUGCUUAGGCAAAAGCUCAUGUCUCAGGCUCGAGCAAAGCAUACCCCACCACCGGAUGCGCAGUGGAGCAGCUGAAAGGACUCUUUCCAGCUGCAAAUGGACUUUUUCACGAAGUAGCUGCAUUUAAGAGAUCAAAAGGACUGUUUUUAGACCAUUUUAUUCUAAAUGUCUUUAGAGAUAUUUUUGUAUAUAAAAAUAAAAUAUCAAACAAAGGUUGAGACUCUUUUGUAACAAAUACUUAAAGUAAAUGCACAAGUAUUUUUAAAGAAAACAUCAGCGUCAGCGGUACUGGUGUAUCAAAUCACCAUGUAGCUCAAGUGUGGAGAACCUUUGGCCCCUCCAGAUGUUGCUGAACUAUACAAUUCCCAUCAGCCUUAGCAAAAGGCCAGUGGCCAGGGAUGAUGGAAGUUGUCGUUCUGCAACAUCUGGAGGGUUAAAGGUUCCCUGCAUCUGAUGUAGCUCAAAAAGAGCCAGUAUCUGUUUAACAGAAAUGAGUCUGGUGACUUAUUUCAGCUAUAAUUCUACCACAAUGUCAAUAUUGUAGUUCUUGGAAGUAAGCUUAUUUAGCCCUGUUGAUUUUAAAAAGGGGUCUAGAUCUGCACAAAGUCCAGUAGCCCCCUUAAUGGAUUGUAUGUGUGAUCUCUUGUAUUUUAUUUUUAUGUCUUAUAUUUUAUAAGUGUGACUACUGACAAAAGUAAUGUUCACUGAUGUCAAACGUAAGCCUAUUACAUAAUGGGAAGGCACAUUGUUACAGCCCUGUAACACACAGGAAAUUGAGUGUUCUCCACUGUCAAAAGCUCCCUUCCUCUGGAAACUUGCAUGCCAGGGAAAAGUUUGUUUGUAGGGUUGUUAUUCAGCCAUUCAUUUUCUCUCCUUUAUCCUGAAGAGGUACAGUCCUAGAAAGUCUGCACCACGACUUCCCAGGAGGAUCCCUACGCCUGUGCAGCCUCUGAGACGAGCUCCGUCUUGGAUGAAACUUAUCCAGUUUAAAUUCAGUCAGAAGGCUCUUUUCUGACUGGGAAUAAUUUCUUCCGGAUAAGGAAGAAACGUGAGAUUUCCCACACAGCUUUGCUUUGAUUGUUGGAGUCUGGAAUUUGUCAGAAUUGUCUGUCUUCCAGCAGCUCAGCCAGAGCGAGGAUUUUUAUGCUAGCUCAGCUGGAUAAGUGACCCGUUUUUUUUAUACGGAUUAACAGGCAAACAUCCUCCUGUCUACAUUCAUCAUUUUCUUAUCUAUACAGCUAAAGAGAUUUGUCAAAGUAACAGCAAUUGAGAUAACCUAGGUGAGGUAAGACUUUCCUUUUUUUAUUCACGGAACUAAGUGGGAAGAAAAUAUAAAUAGCUUAUCUUUUUUUUUAUUGCAAAAAGCUGACAUGGAAAAUAGCAUUUUAAAGAUUACAACGGACGAGAGAUUUCUGAUUGGGAGAGAUAAGAAAUCUUUUUGAUUUAUAAGACUUUUGUGUAAUAUAUGGCUGGGACUAUUUUUCCUGAUCUACUUUUUUUUUGACGAAUCUGCUCAUUCUCUCUGCUACUAGUUAUUUGGACGCUGUGAACUAAAGCCGUUCUUACACUUCCGGGCAGAUAAGAGAUAAGGGCUGUCUAGCGUGUGACGUUAGUUGGUUGGAAAGAUUAACUCCUUUGUAACUGGUUAAAGAAAUAAGCUGCUCUUUGUUUGGGACAUUGAAAAUUGAAGGAGUUUUGUUCCUUUGGCUUUAAGAAUGACAAUUAAGCAGAUCAUGGAUGUACAAGAAGGGACUUUAUCUCUAGACAUGUUUCAGAAAAUAAUGAAUGGGAUUAACUCAAUAAAACAAGAACUGAGAAAUAAUAGACAAGCGUGGAGAAUUGAAUUUCAUGAAAUGAGACAGGAGCUGAAAGAAACUCAGGAUUCUAUGAGAAAGGAGAAUAAAGAUAGAUCUGGAAAACAAAAAAAGGAUGAAAGAGAAAUUAAAGGCAAGGUUCAAACUAUGGAGAUUGGAUUAAUUAUGGACAUGAAAAAAGAUUUGGAUUUCCUGGCUGUGAUGGAUCCUGGAGACAAAUAUUACAGUUUGGAAUUCAGUGCUGUCCCUGAAGGAAUUGAAGAGAUUGGAGAUAAAGAUAUUAUCGGUUCAAAAAAAUUCCUGGACUGGAAGGAUUUGAUGGAACUUGAAAUGGAGAAAGUUAACAGAAUUAAUCCCUGUUUUGUGUCAAUGGAAAAACCUUCAAGAGAUGUACUAGUGUAUCAUGUGGAAAAGAGGAACAGAGAUGCGGCUUUGCAACAAUACUUCAGUGAUACGUUUGGAUUUGAUGGCAAGAAAAUAUCUGUGAUGGAGGAAAUUCCUAUCAGACUUUUAUUAUAUGACUACGACAGCAAGAUUUUUGGGUGCGUAAAGAUGGAAGAUGGAAGAUGGACCCAAUAUGGAUAAUGACAGAAGAGCGAUUUAAAAUUACUGGACUUAGUAGAUUUGAUGAGUUGGAUUAAUUGAUAUGUUUAUUUAGUAAAAAAAUUGAUUGAUAUAUAUCUCAAGGAUUGGAAACUUCUCUUUGACUUUUUGUGGAAGAUUAAAAUGAUAUGACGUUAAUGAGAUUUGAAACCAACUAAGAUAACCGCUGGAGGAAGGUGAUUUUAUAAUCUAUGA